GACCACAAAAGCACUUUCCCGGAAUUCAAUAAGCGAUUCUGGAAAGACCAAGCAGAUGGAUUUUUCUACGAGAACGUGGAUGCUCCGAAUCUGAAGGAAUGGAAAGCACAAGGACAAGCAGGAACCCAUUAUAGAGUGACGAACUUCUUCAUGUGGAUGUUCGGAUUGGUGUUUUCACGCUACGAAUAUGGGGCUUUUCUUUUAUGGGAGAUGUUUGGCAGGAAGGUAGGUUUACUAAUACGUAGUUGAUGGAUGAAAUCUUCCUAGGAGAUGAAGAUGCUGGACCAACUCUUUCUAAUCCUCGAAGACGAUCUACAACUCUCCCCCUUUUUGCACCAGUAUUUUCACCUCGGCGUCGAGGUAAUGCAGCUGGACAACAGUUUGGCCGGCGCUUCCGCUUGGCACGAUAACCAAGUUGAUGUGCCAGAAGACGGAUUUCAUGUGCUGCGCCAAAACCACUUUGGCGGUCUGGGUUGGCUCAGCUCGGCUCGCGUGUUUCGAAGCUACAUCCUGCCAUUUGUCCGAUCGGACGCGGCAGAUAAAGGCUGGGACAGAAUCUUGAGCUUUCAGGUGGACAAAUUGAUCGUGGAAACAGCAGAGUCUUUGAUAUCUUCCUCUGCAAAUACGGCUAGUGGCAGUGAGGGGGACAGCGCAUUAUACGCAAAGGAUAUUUUUCAGGAUUCAGACUUCUAUACUGACGAGCGCGGCUACGGAGAAAUCAAGUUGGACGCCAAAUUGCUGAAACUAGGAGCAGCUGUCGAAAAGAUUCUCAGAAGACGAAAGGCUAGAAGUACCGUGGAGAAGGACAAGAAGAAAGAUCACGAGGUGCGUAAGAAUAACGACCAGAAAAAUAAAGAUGUAGUUGAGGUAGCGACUACUGGUAGGCAGUUACCAGCACGUCAACGUUUGAAUUUUCUUUACCCCUCUGUUGGCCUAACCGGACAUCGUACGACGAGCACGCAUAUAUCAGGCAAUGACGCUGAGUACAGAAGAUUAGAAAGUCUUGGUAUGUGGCCCGCGGAUCGAUCAAUUCAAUGGCCAGCUCCAGAGAACCUUACGGCGUGGAACUACGACUCGUACGUGCUGGGUAAGCAGAUUCUGCGCUUGGAGUCAGUGGAUGAUGCGGCCACACCAGCUACUUCUAGAAGCAGUGCAGGAUCUCUGCUCAGCUGCAACAGCAAUGAGGCUCCGACCACCUUUUCGUUGGACACCUCUCUUUGGGGUUCCAUAAAGCACGCAGCGACGUACAUUCUGAUACUACCAAAAGUGUUUGAGUACAUUUUUGACGCUUUGGAUGGAGGAGGAUCGUCUUCGAGAAGCAAGAGCAAGCAAACGAAAGGACGAGACGUAGAACAUUCAACUACUUCGGCUGACGAAUCAACUUCAUCUACUUCUACAUUUGACAACGGUGACGUCGAUUCUUUCGACGUCGACACGACUAAAACCCAGUCACCAAUAAAUGCAAAUGGAAAAGCAAGUCAACGGCCGCUCCUCCAUGCUCCUGGAGUUGUGUUGCAUUGCUUAGGGGAUGUAAUGGGAGAUUCUGACCAAUUUGGGUGGCACUACAUGGAGGAAAAAUUCGGAAUGGUGGGAAGGGGAUGGGGUGAAACACCUAGACAAGGGUAUAAGGGAACGAUGUUAGUUUACGUCAAACCAGAUCGACACUUCGUGGUAGCACGCUAUUCGCCUUACUAUGAACUUCUAUGUCGAUGAACAUGAAUUGUGAGCAACCUAGAUGAAAAUACAUUUAACGAUCCAUGAUCAUGAUGCGUAUUCCGAUUGAAUGAACAUGAACAUUGUCUUCC